AUGAGUAAGUCUAGUAUUAUUUGGGAUUAUUUCCAACUUGACUCAGAUAACAUAAAUGUAAAAUGUGGUCUUUGUCGCACAAAAUUAAAAAAUAAUCGCUCUUCAACAUCUAACUUAAUUAGACAUAUUAAGUCUAAACAUCCCACUGUCAACUUAUUAAAUAGAAAUACACGUGUAUUAGAAGAGACUGUUGAUGAUCCAAAUGAUGCUCCAUCAACUUCUACUACUAAUACAAUUAUUUCAACAACUAACCUAGCGGUAAACCAAACUGAAACAUCCUUACAAAUUCCAUCUAAUGAACAUGCAAUUCGUCCUCAAAGUUCUAGAUUUGUGAAUAAUCCCAUUACUCAGUAUUUAUCUAAGCCUCUUGGUGCAUCACGCCGUAAAAUUAUAGAUCAACAAGUUCUAAAAAUGAUUGUGAAAGAAUACUAUCCCUUCAGUAUUGUUGAAGAUAGGGAGUUUGUAAAACUUUUAAAUUUGUUAAAUCCUGGUUAUACACUUUCGUCGAGAAAAACGUUGUCGAAAUCUUUAUUACCUAUAAUGUAUAAUCAAAUAUAUGAUAAAGUGAAACAAGAAAUAAAAGACCAUGCAAAAUAUGUAAGCAUUACCACCGAUAAAAAUUUGAAAAAUGAUUUAUUGGCGGUCAUUAAGAAAUGGGGCUUGGAAAAUAACAUUGCAGCAUGUACAACUGACAAUGCACAUAAUAUUGUUAAUGCUGUCAGUUUAUGUGGUUGGAGGCAUGUAGGUUGCUUUGCCCAUAGUUUAAAUUUGGCAGUACAAAAUGCCCUUAAGUCAAUAUCUGAAACAAGAGAUAAAGUUAGAGGAAUUGUUGGACAUUUUAAGAGAAGUCCACAGGCAGCUGAAAAACUUAGAGCUAUGCAAGAGCAAUUGGGCUUAACACCUCCUUUAAUGCUCAUCCAGGACGUCGUUACACGUUGGAACUCAACGUAUGAGAUGUUUCAGCGUAUUCAGAAUCUUAAAGUUCCUCUUUCUUCUGUAUUAGUAGAGUGUAAUUAUAAUGUUUACUUGACCAAUGAAGACUGGCACAUUAUGUCCAAGUCCUGCGAAGUAUUAAAAUAUUUUAAGGAAAUUACAGUAGAAAUCAGUACUACUACCAUACAUAUUGGAAUGAAAAAUACAAUGCAACCAGCUAUACAAAAUCAAUCUGUGACGUUAGGUGAAGAUUCUAUUUGGAAUGACUUUGAUGAAGAGGUAAGCAGUAAACUUAUAUCCACAAAUCCAACAUCCGCAGCUAUUGUUGAAGUUGAUAAAUACUUACAAGAAGGGUUAAUUCCAAGGCAUGAAAAUCCUCUAAAGUGGUGGAAAGACAAUUGA